UAGUUCUUUAAUUGAGGUAAGUGUUAACGUCAUAGGGGUGAGACGGGUGCGGGAGGUGCGUGACGUCAUCGGGAAGGCGCGGUGAAGCCCAGGAGGCCGAGCCGCCAGCCCGCUUCAAGGAUGGCGUCGGCUGUCGGGAAGGUGAAGCAGGACAUGCCGCCUCCGGGCGGCUACGGCCCCAUCGACUACAAGCGGCACAUGCCCCGGCGGGGGCUGUCAGGCUACAGCAUGUUCUCCAUUGGAAUUGGGAUUAUGAUAUACGGCUAUUAUAAAAUGGUCAGAUGGAACCGAGAAAGGAAGCGCCUGGCUAUUGAGGAUUUGGAAACCCGGAUCGCGCUGAUGCCUCUUCUGAUGGCUGAGAACGACCGGAGGAUACUGCGCUUGUUAAGGGAGAACUUUGAAGAGGAGGCCAAGAUCAUGAAGGAUGUUCCAGGAUGGACGGUGGGUGAGUCUUGCUACAACACCACGCGCUGGGUACCCCCCACCAAUGAUCAGCUGUACUAUUUGCGCCCCUACAGCGAGCUGGACAACGCCAAAUUCGGUUGUCAGUUUUAUACAUGAGCAGGGAAGGGCUCUGUGAGAGCAGCACCCCCCCCCCUCUCUCAGCCUUCCAAAAAUACAAUCUUUGUUAAUAAAUUUCGGUGGAAACAA